UGACGUAUGAACGGCAGAAGAAACGAAAACGAAAAAGCCUUUCUGUGCCGUUGUUAUCUUCUAAAAUUCCCGAAGAAUGGAUACAAAUGGCCAGGCUAACGGGCUUAAAUCAAAAAAGAAAGAGAACGGAGACGGCAAAGAUAAUUUAUGGUCUGCUAUAUUAGAAGAAGUCCAGAAUCAAGGGAACACAAAACUACCGUCAAAUAAAAAUGUCUUAGUACUGGGUGACAACGAAACUGGAAAAACUACCCUAGUGGCAAAGUUGCAAGGUGUUGAAGACCCAAAGAAGGGGUCUGCACUCGAAUAUGCGUAUAUAGAUGUUAGAGAUGAAUAUCGCGAUGAUCACACUCGGCUCAGUGUUUGGGUGCUGGAUGGUGAUCCAGGUCACACUAAUCUACUCAAGUUUGCGCUCAGUGAGGAAACAUUCCCACACACCCUAGUUAUACUCACUGUGGCCAUGACCACACCAUGGGGUAUACUAGACCAGCUCCAAAGCUGGGCUUCUGUACUUGGAGACCAUAUAGACAAAUUAAAUUUAACACCUGAACACAGGUUACAAAGUAAAAAGCAACAAGUCCAAAAAUGGCAGAGGUAUACGGAGCCAGGAGACGAAAUGGAAGCGUCAGCUUCUUCGCCUAUGAAAAGAUCAUCUAGAAACUUGUCGGAUGAUCUUGAAAAUGGCGAUGAUGACGACAGCCCCCUGCCGGAAGCAGUACUUACUACUAAUUUAGGUCUAGAUAUAGUGGUCGUUGUUACAAAGACUGACUACAUGAGCACUCUGGAGAAGGAGCACGAUUACCGCGACGAGCACUUCGACUUCAUGCAGCAGUGGAUCCGCCGGUUCUGUCUGCAGUACGGAGCCGCCUUGUUCUACACCAGCGCCAAGGAGGACAAGAACUGCGAUCUGCUGUAUAAGUAUCUGACGCACAGGAUAUACGGUCUACCGUUCAGGACGCCGGCGCUGAUUGUAGAGAAAGACGCUGUUUUGAUACCAGCCGGCUGGGACAGUAUGAAGAAGAUUAGCAUACUAUAUGAGAACAUGCAGUCAUGUAAACCUGACGAUUACUAUAGGGAUAUUAUUGUACAGCCCGCUACACGUAAAAGCGGGGGCAGUCGCGAGGCGGAGGUUCAGGCGGAGGACGAGCAGACGUUCCUGCAGCGGCAGGUGGCGGCGCUGCACGCGCUGGGCGCCGCCCCCCCGCGCGCUGACUCCCCGCUGCGCGCCUCGCCCCGCCCGCACCAGUCAGAGAUCGCGAGGAUCGGCGUGAGUCCGGGCACGCCGGGCAACGAGGGCGUGCUGGCGAACUUCUUCAACUCGCUGCUGUACAAGAAGACGGGCGGCGGGGGCGGCGGCGCGCGGGUGGACGGCGCGGGGGGGGCGGCCGCCGCGCGCUCCGACGCCGCCGCCGAGCUCGACCGCCUCACGCGCACCAAGCGGAGCCCGCUCGACCUCAACUCGUCCGACUGCUAGGCGAGCGCCGCACGCUGCUAGGUACAUAAGUGAACUUUUGGACGCCCACAGAAGCGUCCCCACCGCCGGGAGCGAAGCUUGCGCACGCGCCGCGUCCCCGCCCCGCCGCGCCCCCCCGCCGGCGCCCCCGGGCGGCCGUCGAGCUCACUCGGUUUUGGUUCAGACAGAGAUUAACGUUCUAUCAAAUUUGAAAAAAUGAGUAUUCGUGACGUCACGGUUGUGUAAACAAAAAUGAAAUUUAAUUUGUAAAACUCCUUUUCAGUGGAGCUUGUUUUAUUGUGUACUUUUGAAGGCAGCUCAGAUACGACCGUGACCGAGUGAUCUCAACGCAGCCACGGGACUUUCGAUCGAAUAUAAACACUAAUACGGUGCAAACCGAUUUAGCAACCAGCAAGUGAAAUUGUAUUGUUUAUUUAUGAGAUACUAAACAUAUGGGAAGGCAAAGGAGUGCUUUAAAAAAAACCGUUUAGGUAUGACUUCCAUAAAAGAAGUGAUAACCCGUUAUUACUGUUUAAAAUAUUUCACAUCGGCACUUUAUGCAGCAUCACAAAUCUCCCGCUGCCUACUGAACCCUGGCGCUCCCGACCCGAUCGAAACCUUCAUAAUAACCGACGGUUUUUAUUUUUGAAAUAUUUGUUUAUGAUAUUACAAAAUAAGUAUUUAUUUAUUUACAUAGAACAAGUUUGGAAACGUGCACUGUAUUUUUUUUGUUUAGAUAAUUAUUACGUUAAUUAUUAAUAUUUUCAUCUGAGAUUAAGAAGUUCGUGUGUGUGAUCUUCUGUGAAGACUGUUCAAUUAUUGGACUAG